AUCGCCUGGGCACACUAAUUCCCCGGCGUUCUUGUUUUGAUUUUGUUUUUGGUCGUUUAUUUUGAUUUCUCGAGAGGAUGCAUCCCCCGCCAUGCUGUACACUCUAGUCCUGGUAGCGGAGUUCGUGGACGAGUUCCUGCUGCGUCCACUGGCCAUACUGAUCGAUGCGGUGGUCACCAGCGUGUACUAUUUCCUGUGGGGCAGCUACUUCGUUGGAUACUGUUUGGUGGAGGGCAGCACGCGGGCCUGGAACCUGGUGAGAUGGGCGGCCAGCGAAGUCCACAGGGUCUAUUGCGACCUGUGCCUCAUCACGCUGGAUGUGACGGACUACUUCUACGGCGGCACCAAGGGUGGCCUGAAAAGUGCCAGAGAUUUCGGACAAUCCUUGGCUAUGUUAUUCUGCAAUUUGCUCAUUGAACUGGGGAAUUGCACCUUGUGGGUGUUAAUGCUGCUCCCAAGGCUCAUACUGUGCAUUAUUGAUUACCUUCUGGACUUUGUAAUGCACUCCAUUGUGGCCCGUGGCCUGAGCCUGCUGAACAGCGUUUUUCGACUCUCGAUAGGAUUGUCCCUGCUGCUAAUCCUCUACAUGUUCCGGCGCUAUGUGUUCUUGCUGCUCAUCUACCUGCUCCAACGUGUCCGCACCGAGAUCUCAACGAAGACGCAAAGCGUUUACCUCUGGACUGAUCAGCAGUUGAAGCGUUUUAUGCAGAAUAUAAGGAAUGAUCCGGGCAAUGCCGGAUCUCCUAACCGCGGAGGCUGUGUGGUCUGCAUGGAGCGUAGCAGGAACAUCGUCAUCAUGCCCUGCCGACAUCUCUGCCUCUGCAAAGAGUGCUCCCAACAACUGCUUCUUCGUUUAGAGAAUCGUUGUCCAGUGUGCCGCAACUACAUCAGUACAUUUUUGCCAGUCUACAUUUGAUACUACCUAUUUUUGUAAAUUGUCUAAAACUUAUCAUAAAUGUAUAUAAGACUGCCAAUUCGAAUUUAGCUUUAAGAAGAAAACAACCAAAUGCCAUUGGUUAAAGACAAUCUUUAAGGACAGAAGGAAAAUAUCUUUGUUUGCACAAACAAAUACAACUAUCAUGUUCGCAAAAGCGCAAUAUAAUUUUAAAUGCAAAAUAUAAACUAAGCCCCCGAAAACAUUAAAA